UUUCUCAUAUCAAUUUGGUGAAAAAAUACAUCUUAAAAUACUGGUCAAAGUUCGUGCAGUUUGAAUCUCGGGAAACGAAAAGUAUCACAUUAAUUGGGACAGAGGGAAUAGUUUUUUAAACAUUCAAUGUUUAUAUAAUUGCUCGAGGUUGAGUUAAUUUAACAUCAUUUGGUACGCUUAAUGUUGUUUCAUGUUUUCAGUGACAUUUGAUCUUAAUUGUAAGAAGUAAGAACAAUCAAAUUCAUCUCAAAAUUAGCCACGCAUAUGAGAUUCAGAAAGCUGGAAAUUAUAGAGUCUGAUGUUCUGCUAUCAGGGGCGCCCAAAAAAAAAAAACGUGAAAAUCUAUUUUGAUAAAAGUGUUUUUCAAAAUAAGAAAUUUUUAAAAUUUUGGCCAAACAUGCUCUCUUAGCUUUCAAGAAAGGCAAGAUUUAAUAUAUUAUAUUUCGGAUCCAAAAUGUGAGCAUUGUGUUUAAAGCUUCUUUGUCUUAUCGGCCAAUGCGAGUUUAGGGGCGCUUUCAAAGUGAAAGAAAAUAUAAAACUAAGUUUCCCUAGAUAUGUUUAAGAAAAUCUAACUACAACAAAAUCUAAAUCUAACUUAGAAAAGGUCUUUGUAGAUACGCUAAACAAAAUCUUGAAGCUUGUAGUAGUAUAUAUAUUGAUAUGUAUGUUAAACAAAGUUCCUACAUGAGUCUAGCAUUUAGUAAACACCUCAUUGAAACAAAUGGGUUUACCCUGGUAUUCAUUUACCAUUUAGCCUUUUAUAGCAUUGGUGUCAGCAGGUAAUAUUAGAUCAAUUUUAGAAAAUAUGUACAUAAAAUAUCUAGUUUUUACGAAAAGGCCAUGGGUUCAUGUGCCCCAAAAUGACACAUAAAUUCGCCCUUGGCCUUAUCAGCCAAAGUGAGUUUGGUGAAAGAAAAUAUAACCUAAACAAAGUUUCCCUAGAUAUGUUUAAGAAAAUCUAACCUCAACAAAAUCUAACUUAAUUACAAAAGGUUUUGCUAGAUACGCUAAUAAAAUCUUGAAGUUUGUAGUAUAUAUAUUGAUAUGUAUGUUAAACAAAGUUCCUACAAGAGUCUAGCAUUUGGUAACCACCUCACUGAAACAAAUGGAUUUAAAAUGGUGUUCAUUUGUAUUUCUCCUAUUUAUUUUUGUUCUCUUCCUUCAUCAAUGGUUAUUUGCUAGUACUUCACAUAACAAAAAGAAAUUACCACCAUCUCCACCAAAGCUUCCAAUUAUAGGACAUCUCCACCAACUAGGAUCGCUUCCACACCGAUCUCUCCAGAAACUAGCGAAGCAAUAUGGUCCAUUGAUGUUGCUUCACUUUGGCAGUAGGCCAGUUCUCAUUGCCUCUUCGGUUGAUGCUGCUCGCGAUAUCUUGAAAACACACGAUCUGGUGUUCUCAAAUAGACCUAAAUCUAGCAUCUGUGAUAGAGUCCUCUAUGGCUCCAAAGAUGUUGCCUUUUGUCCCUUUGGUGAAUAUUGGAAGCAAGUAAGAAGCAUUUCUGUGCUUCAUCUUCUUAGCAACAAAAUGGUUCGAUCAUUUCGCGAUGUUAGAGAAGAAGAAACAUCAAAGAUGAUCCAAAAAAUCAAACAAGCGGGCAAUUCUUUGAUAGAUUUGAGAGAUAUGUUUAGUUCCCUGACUAAUAAUGUGAUUAGUAGAGUGGCCUCAGGGAGGAGGUAUGAUGAAGGGGAUACUAAGAUCGUGCUAGCAAGACUUGCUGAACUAUUAGGUACAGUUAAUAUUGAUGACUAUAUUCCAUGGCUUUCUUGGGUGAACAAGAUCAAUGGUUUGGACCGUAAAAUCGAGGAAGUAGCGCAGGAGUUGGAUAAUUUUAUGGAAGACGUGCUUGAAGAACACAUGACGAGAAAUAAAGGAGAACUCCGUGUUGGAGAAGCUAAAGACUUGGUGGACGUUUUGCUUGAAAUUCAAAAACGAAACGUGACUGAUUUCCCUCUUCAAAGAGAUUCAGUGAAAGCCCUCAUCGUGGAUAUGUUUGGUGCUGGUACGGAGACAACAUAUACAACCUUAGAGUGGACAAUGACAGAGCUUUUGAGGCAUCCAAAAGCUAUGGAAAAAUUGCAGAAUGACGUGAGAGGAGUUGGCAACGGAAAACCAGAGAUAACUGAGGAUGAUCUAGGAAACCUACAUUACUUAACAGCAGUUAUAAAAGAAAGACUCAGGCUUCAUCCACCAGCACCAUUACUAGUUCCUCGAGAAUCAAACCAAGAUGUAAGACUAAACGGAUACCAUAUAGAAGCUGGAACACAAGUAAUUGUGAAUGCUUGGGCAAUAGGAAGAGAUCCAUUGCUGUGGGAAAAUCCAGAUGAGUUCCGACCAGAAAGGUUCUUGGAUAGUGCUAUAGAUUUCAGAGGAUCACACUUCGAGUUGAUUCCAUUUGGGGCUGGGCGAAGGGGCUGCCCUGGAAGUAGUUUCGCCAUUGCAGUAAAUGAGAUAGCAAUAGCAAGACUUGUGCACAAGUUCCGUCUCGCGUUACCAGGCGAGAUUAAAGGGAAGGAUUUGGAUAUGACUGAAGCUCCUGCUGGACUCACUGUUCACAGGAAAUCACCUUUGUUGGCACUGGCUACUCCAUGCUCUAGCUAGCACACUACUUAAAAAUCUCUAUUUUCCCAUUGAAAAAAUGUUCAGUUGCUAUUUACCAAUAAAUGUCUGUGGGAAAACCUAAAUAGUAGUAUUUUCACACGGAAAAAUUAAGAAGUUUCUUAGCGUUUCAAUGGGAACCUAUUUUGCAUCAUGCCGUUUUCCUGUGAGCUGGUUCGAUGGGAAUAAGGUGGGAAAGUCAUGUUUUAUAAUACAAAUUUCCCACUGAAUAUCGAUGGGAGAAGCUUCUGUUUCUAGU